GAAUUCUUCUUUCUUUUGUUUCUUCAGUUGAAUUUUUAAUUAACUAGGGAAAUGGUUGUAUAUUGAUUUAUUUUUAACACUUUAUUCUCCAAGAUUUAUUUUAAACAAAACAGAACAGAAAAACCAAAACAGAACAGAAAAACACAGUUUCACAAAAAGAAUUUGAUUUUAUACAAUAUCUUACCUUCUCAUUUGAUAAAAACAUACAAAUGAAUUCAGUUAAUUCAUGGUCAUCUACAUAUCAUCAUUAUCGUAAUCCAUUAUUUAGACAACUUAAUGAGAAUUUAACUUCAACCAACGACUUAGAGUCUAUUUCAAAGACAAUUGCAAGUAAGUAUAAUUUGAUGUUUGAUCUUUAAUUAAAUUUGAUCGGUUAUAUAACAAGACUCUAAAGUUACCAAGUAAGAAGGGGUUUUUGUGUGGAGAUUUCAGUAUUUUUCAUCGCUGAAAUCAUAUGUCAAUUGAAGUUAGACCACCAUGAAAACAACCGGAAGCACUGGACGGCCAUUUCGUCCUAUUAUGGGACUCCUCAGUGGCAGUGCUCAUUCACGAUCCCGCCUCGCGAACGAGAUUCGAACCCAGGACCUAUCACUGUCGUGACAGAGCACUUAACUGAUAGACCACUGAGUUGGCCGCCAUCCAACGGUGUUAAUGUCUAACUUCAACCGUUCACCAAUUGUCUUUAGUGAGUUGAUAUCUCACAACAGACUUGGUUGACUCAUGAUUUCAAUUAUCAAUAAGGAUUUAUGUUGUUUGAUGAAGUACUUUAUCUUGUUUAAUGAAAAUUGAUUCUUGUGAUAAUCUACUGUUGAUUUCAUUCAUGAAUACUCUUUCCUUUAUUGUAUCGUUUGAAUGAUACUGACUAUGAUGAUACUUCCAUGAGUAUUGGAAUUUAUGUAAGUUGACUUUAUAUUAGAAACAGUUUAGAGUAACUUUAUCAGUCAGGUGUUUCAAAGUAAGAAAGGUGCGUUAUAUUUUAAAGAAUGAGAAUGUUUUAUUUGAAAGAUCCAACCAAAUUUCAGUCCUUCUUUAAGAUGUUUAAAUGUCUGAAUAAAUGUCUUUGAGUAAGAGGUUGUGGAGAUUGUUAAAUUUCACUGAAAUCAUGGACUGAUCUAAGUUACACCACCAUUGAAGACCUGAAAGCAUUGGACAGUCAUGGCAUUCUAGUAAGGGACACCUCGGCAAUGUGUAUGCAUGAUCCUGGAGGCAGGAAUUGAACCCAGGAUUUUUGGUCCUGGAGUCCCAUGCCAGGGCAUUACAGUCGUUCACUACUUACACAUUUUCAACAGUGGUCUUACUUAGCUGGCUUCAUGUUUUUGACUUGGAAUUCGAACUUACAGUUGAAGAUAACCAUCAAUUUUAAGAUGCCCACCUAGUGAUGCGUCACUGUCAAGAUCACAUUGUAGUGAAUGAGAAUGCAAGUGUGAACAAUCGAAUGUAUUGGAAUACAGAGUCUCUUAGUAAAAUCUCAGAUCCAUACAGUAAAUUCUUCAUUUGCAAAAAGAUCAGUCAAUCGUCUCAGACUUUAUUAUUCCUUCGUUUCCACACCAAUCACUCUCUGUUCUCAUUGUCUUUUCUUUGAUCUGCUUAAUCUUCUGCCUUCAGGUAUUUGAAUUUCGAUUGAUGACACAUACUACUUAUAUCUGUCGACAUCAGUAGCACACAUCACAACAUGAUGAAGCCAAUAAAUGUCAAUAAAUUCAUCUUCUAUUGGUUCGCAAAUGAUAUUUCAAUAAACUUUAGUAACAGCCAACCAGCUCGUUGAACUAAAACUUACAAAACACAUUGUGAUCAAUUACCAAAAUACGGAAAGAAUCAUACAAUAAGGAUGAGUAAAUAAGCAUUCCAAUUCAUUAGUUCUCAAAGUGAUCACUUUAUAUUGCAUCAACUGGUCUACAUAUCUCGAAAUCCUUUCAGAUUAUCAGACAUUGUAAUCAAACUCAUCACUAUCUCCAGUGGAACUACAUCUUAACUUUUGUUGAAUAAUUUGGCUGAGUCGCAUAUUUUAGCUUUCAGGGAUUUACUUAAGUGUUGACAACUUUUCUACGAUUGUUUUAGUGAAGUAAUCAAGUAAUCUUUUACUUGACUGUCUUUGCAUUGAUUUGUUAUUUUAGAUAAAGUCUCAUGUUAUCUAUUGACGAGAAAGAAUGAAAGAACUGUAGGUUCAAGAUGACCAAGAACCUUGUUAAAUCUAGGUCUUUGUACGGAUGAAAAGUGUGAUGAAUAGUCAAUGGAUAGAAUCACUUUGAAUUUUUUAUUAGUCAUAUGGGUACUUUAGUUGGUGAAUGAGAAUGACUUCAGGUUAUUCAUGACUUUUACCACACGUAUUUCACACGGUUCGAUUACUACAGUAGAUGGGAGCGCAGUAAACUCAGAGGGACUUAUUUCAGUAUUUUUUGACUGAAGUGCUGAUAUACAUCUACAAACAUUUUGUGUUAGCACACUGAACUUACCUCGGAUCUUUGAACAUUGAUAAUAACAUUGUUGGCCUCUAACCGUUAAAAAGAUAGAUGAACAUAAUGCAAUAGUAUCAGUCAUAUUGACCUUUUAAUAGUUAUUAACUCUCGUUAUUACGUUCUGUUGAUAGUAAAUCGAAUAGAUAAAUUUGCAUAGUCGUAUUGAUAUUGCCACUGUUACUCAAACCGGUACCCAUCUCUUCAAAAGUCAGAGUGUAAUCCCUCAGUUUAUGAAUAUAAUUAGGUAAAUACUUCCCGUGAAGAUUUGUCAUACCAUUUGUGUUGUAAGUCAAUCUUUAAACUAUAGCACCAAACUAUUAAGAAACGGUUGUCCUGAGGGAAAAGAUCUUAAUAUACAGGUAACACUAUGGUUUACACUAUACUAUCAACAUAACAAUGAUCCCCUCAUGAAAUUAUUAGUUUUAUGGUAUGCUCAUUCUAGGGUACACAACGUUUUGGUCACUGAAGGGAACCAAAACAUCCAGGUUUUAGAGUUUACACCGAAUGAUAGAAAAUUCAAACUACAGUUUACAUAAAGUGGUACUUUUAAUAUUUUCAAUUUUCACUUUUUCUCUAACAGACGAUAAAAAUGGUGGUGUUUCACCUCAUUCCGAUAUUAAAUUAAACAUUCAGCAAGUGUUAAAUGAAGAAAAAUCUAUUCAGACAGGGACAGGGCUUACAACAAGUGCGUCGACUUUUACCAGUGGACGACCAUGUUUAGCUGGUACUCAAACACUGAAGCACCAGUUAACUAAAAAUCAGGAAACUAAUCUAGACAUAACAAAUACAAGUAUUCUUAGUAUGAAUGCAUGUGACUUUACACAAGACUCUAGUGGACUAGGGUCUAUGAUUUCUGAACAUUGUAACACGAGUUAUUUCAAGGACGGAGACCGGUCUGACUCGCAUUUACACUGGCCUAAUCACAGUCUUAUAACUUUAGAUGAGGAUGCAAGUGAUAUGAGUUUGGAUAAGAGUGAUGAUUAUGCAAACGGGCCAUCUGAUAAUAACAGAGAAGCCCCAAUCAUUAAGACAGAAUAUCCACAUCUUGAAUCUCAAAUAAAAUCUCCUGAGUUGGCUAUGCGAACUUCACCAUCUAGCGAAGGAAGAUCAGCCAUUCAAUAUGGUUCUGGUGAUGAAUUUGACUAUGACGCAAUGGUUGCUCAAACACGAAUGAUCGCUAAUCAGAAUUUUCAAACAAUGGACGAGAAUUUCGCAUCUGUGGCACGUUACGUUGAAGAGCUGACAGGCUGUAGAGAGUUGAAAAAAACAACUAACACGAAGGACAGCCAUAUUACAAAGAUUUCGUCCAAUAGUAGACAAACAACUCCAGGCAAACCACAGCAUCAUCAUUAUCAGCACCAUCACAACCAACAGCAACAACAGUGUGUGACCCAGCCAAUGAGCCCACCACCUACCGGUUCUGUUCGUCAUCAACAAGAUUAUCAACUUCUCAAGUUACAACAACUACAACAGCUCUACCAAAAACUUAUUUCUUUACCAUCAAUGAAACAUCCCAAAGUUGAUGAUAAAAGUUCCACUGAAUCAAUAACUCAAGAUUUACUCUUGCAUCUUUUGGCAAAUCAAAACAUUAGUGAAUCUCUACUGAAUAAUCUUUUACCAAGUGUUGACACGGCUUUUGAAAAGAAUAGUCGAAGAUCUUCAUCAACAAUUGGUCAGAAUUGUAAACCAUUCGGUAUUUCGACAAAUCAGUUACCUAGAAAUAACCGAAGAGUUGCACUAAGUGAUUUAACUUCUUAUGAUGAAUGUCUUCUUCGUAGUAUCCUGUCUAAUACACCUCACACAUCAGUGCAAAAUAAUUCGGAUGGGAUUCAUCCCAUUAUGCAGGGGUUCCAUAAUAAUAAUGAAAGUUUGAUGACUAAUAUACACAAUAGACGAUCUAAUCCAAUACAGAAUCCGUUGUUGUCUUCAAACUGUAACCAGCUAGUUAAUGUAAUCUCGCAGCUGGAUACUAAUGCUGUGAAAACUGAUUUGCUUUCCCAUGCAGCACCUAUUAAUCCAAAUACUAUGGCUUUAUUAGCUAGUUUAUUGAAUACUACCCAGUCUCAGUCGAAUUCACCUGUUAUUAAUACUAGUUCUACGCCACAAGAACAACAUAUCAUGCUUUAUAAUCUUUUAGCAAAUCAGUUGUCCAGUUUUCAGUCCGAUUCUGCUGUGAACAAUAAUAAUACAAACAUCUCACAACUACUUCAUGAACGUGCGUCAAAACAGCGUGAAACAAGCUUACUAAACUCUAUGCUUCUGAAAUCUGAAUGUCAAGGAGAUAAUAUUUCACCUUCUCCACCUUCAUCUUCCCAGCGUCGUCAAUACACAUUAUCUGAUAGUAGUUUGACGGAAGAACUUUCUCAGUUGGCUUUGCCAUAUCAAAAGCUAAUGAGUUCAUUCGAAAAUGACAUUGAUAAAGCAGCAAAUGUUUACAGAAAUUCUGCAAGUACAGUGGCUCAGACAAGUGAAGCAGCUUAUCACUGGUCAGGAAAACUGCCAAUUCGAGUUCAUCGAUCUAUGACCUUCUCUCGGAAAGUAUUUCUUGGUGGUGUUCCUUGGGAUAGCACAAGUGAAGAAUUGGUAAGGGCUUUUUCUCGAUUUGGUAACGUCAGUGUUUGCUGGCCACAAAAGGAGGGAUCAAGCUCUACCAGUACACAUAUUAAAGCAUCAUCAAAUAAAGGUUACUGUUAUCUGGUAUUCGAACAUGAAGUCUCUGUAACUGAACUGCUUGCGAACUGCGUUCAUAACCCCACAACAGGUGGUGAAUAUUAUACGAUAUCCAGUCCUAAAUUCAUAUCCAAGGAUGUGCAGGUUAUACCAUGGGUCAUCAGUGACAGUCAGUAUACAAAAUCAACUCCUAGCUCUUCGGAUAUCAAGAGGACUGUGUUUGUUGGCGCGCUUCACGCUUUGAUUACAGCAGAAAUAUUAGUAACAAUUAUGAACGAUUUAUUUGGAAAUGUUAUUUUUGCUGCUCUGGAUACAGAUAAGUACAAAUAUCCAAUAGGUUCUGGAAGAGUGAUUUUCUCUAGUCAUAAAAGUUAUAUGAAAGCGAUUACAGCCAAUUUUGUGGAUAUUCGUACUUCGAAAUUUAUUAAAACUAUUCAAAUAGAUCCUUAUUUAGAAGAUGCUGUUUGUAAUAGUUGUCUGUCAUAUCCUGGCAUGUACUUUUGCAGAGCAUUUGAAUGCUUUAAUUAUUUUUGUCCAGCAUGUUGGCAUAUGUGGCAUAAUUCAACGGAAACAUUGUAUACACAUAAACCUUUGAGGAGAACAUUUAAACCGAACAUUGAUCGUCAGUGGCAGACUGGUGUGGUUGUAACGACGACAGUGACGACGACCACGGCGACGGCAACGACAACCGUAUCCGUAGCCACUACAACACAAAGUAGAUUUUAGUAAAUAUAAUAUGACCAAUUCAAGAUGAUCACCGUUAUUAAUUGUAACCGUUUAAAGUAGUGAUCAUCUCAUUCAGUCUUUAACCGUUUUUAUAUGCAUACAUAAAUAAUUUAGCACAGUUUUCUUUUUCCUGUUGUUUAACCCCCCUUUGAUCCUCUGCAUUCGGAUACACUUUAUACUUCUGUUAUUCUUUUCUCUGUUAUUAUACACAAGUUUAAUAGUUUUUAAAUGUUUUAGUUCGACCACACAUAGAGAGAAAGUAAUAAUCAUUCCGUUCUAUACAAUGUCCACCCUCUUCAGUGAUUAAUGAUGGUUGUAAUAAUAAUUAUUAUUAUUGUAAUACUCUUUCAUAAUAUUCCAUUCUAGUCUUUAUAAACUUUUAUAAUCACCUUUAUUAUUGUUCGUCUCUUUAUUUUUUUUCCUGGAAUUUUUAAUAUACACAGACCAAUUUCCAAAUGAGUUUGUUCUUCUUUUUUUUUAAACAAUAAUAUGAUUCUAUCCAUGUUUGUGAGCCCAUAGUUACUAUGGUUGUGUGUGAGAAAGGUUUGGUAAAUCUUAUUGUUCAGUUUUGUUAAUAAAAUAGUUUUAGUGAAUUGUACAUUUUGUUUUCAGUAGGACGAAAUCCGGGUUCAGGGUUUUUCUGUUGACCACUUCCAACCACCAUCUUAUCUCAAC